AUGCCGGCAUGGAUAUCUAUGGCUUUUCACUCAAGAAAAAUGACUAUCCCUAUAACCUUUGGCUUCAAAACAUCAGUCAUGUUGUGCAUCUUGGUUUCCGUCCUGUCUGCGGCUUCCAUGGUCCUUUCCAUCCCAUCUUUUACCAAAAUCAUAUUGCCACCUCCAACCUCAGGUCCUGAAUCUCUCGCCUUUGAGCCAUUUCGUGGAGUAUUCUACACAGGAGUUGCUGAUGGAAGAAUUCUCAGAUAUAGAGGACCCCAUGUUGGUUUCUCAGAUUACGCCUUCACCUCGCUCAAGUGGUCCCAUGCUGAAUGUGAUGGCACCACUAAUCCAGAUCUGCGACCAAAAUGUGGAAGGCCAUUUGGUUUGGCACUAAACAGAACAGGAUAUCUCUUCAUUGUAGAUGCCUAUUAUGGUCUCUUGGUAGCAGGACCUAAUGGAAGAUUGGCAACACAACUUGCUAUUAGUGCAGAAGGAGUGCCUUUCCGCUUCUGCAAUGGUUUGGACAUUGAUCAAGCAACUAGACUCGUGUAUUUCACGGACUCCAGUGCGGUCUAUGAUCUAAGAACUAUCGCAGACCACCCAGAUGAUUCCACAGGAAGAUUACUGAGAUACAACCCGAAAACUAAUCUAGUCAAGGUGUUGCUAAGGAAUCUUAGAGGACCAGCAGGGGUUGCAAUUAGCAGAGACUGCUCAUUCCUUCUUGUCUCAGAGCUCAGUGGCAAUAGGACAAUAAAAUAUUUUCUCACAGGUCAAAGAGCCACUACUUUCAUAUGCAUAAACUUCCAGCCAAAGCCAAAUAACAUCAAGAGAAGUAUAAUAGGAAAUGACUUUUGGGAUGCAGCGAUAAUGGGAGGACAAUCACCUCUACCGAUAGGGCAAAGAAUUAAUGGAUUUGGUAAUGUCUUGGUUACAAUAAGUUUUGAGGCACAGUAUGGCACCACUGCGAUCAGUGAAGUUCAACCAUUUGCUGAUUCAUUAUAUAUAUCAUCAAGGUUUGUGAAUUUCAUUGUUGUUUACAGGCCCUAG